CUUUUCUUUUUUUUCAAUUGUGAUGAUCUUUUCACUCGUUUGUUUUUUGUUAUUACCCAUUGGUAUAAUUGCUGCUAAUAAGGUGAAAAACUUGGUUGUGUUUGGUGAUUCUUAUUCAGAUGUUGGUAACUUUCAACGUUGGACGAAUGGACCAGUAUGGAGUGAACAUGUAACAGCUGGAUGGAAUGCUUCAUUACAUAGUUUUGCUUAUAGUGGUGCUGUUUGUGAUAAUGCCCUUUUUCCAAACAAUACUAGUACUUAUUACAAUACACCAAGUAUUCAAGAUCAAGUUGAAUUCUAUUACCAACAACAUAUGAACUUGGAUCCUAGUGAAACUGUUUUUGCUUUUUGGGUGGGAGUCAAUGAUAUUCAUCAUGCCUUCAAAGAACAACCAGUAGUUCCUGACUUUAAUAUUAUCUCUAAUUGUGUGAUUGAACAAAUUAAAAUUAUACAUAGAAUAUUCAAAGCCAAUCAAAUCAUGUUAAUCAAUUUACCACCAAUGGAAUUCAUGCCUUAUUUUGUGGAAUCUACCAUGGCAACCAGUCGGGGAGCAGCCGUUCGAAUGGUGAAUAAAGGAUUGAAAAAACAAGUGGAAGAACUAAACAAGAAAUAUCGUACCUUGGAAUUGGAUUUGGUGGACAUACAUUCAUUAUUAUCCGAUAUGGUAAAUGACCCUACUUCAUUUGGUAUUAGUAACAAAGAUCGCGCCUAUUGGGAUGAUUGUCAAGGAGAUUGCAAAGGAUUGGAAAUGGAUGAUUAUCUUUGGUGGGAUCGUACACAUUUAACUGGACGUAAGUUUCAACAAAAUGAAUCAUUCAUUCACUCAAUUUUUUUUUUAUUAUAGGUGUCCAUCAUGUUAUUGGGAAUAGUAUUUUGAAUGCUGGAUCAUAUUAUCCUCCAACUUCAGUCAACAAAAUCAAGGUAGAAAAACUUCUUUUUGCUUCAGAAUCCAAUAUCCGAUCUCCUAUUUAUCGCGCACCACCCAACACUGGUAUGAUGAAGCAAUUGAUCAAUGAAAUGGAUACGCCUCAUAACGAUCCCGUUCAAUCAUCCAUCGACAACGAAGAAAAGAAACAUUCUAUUCGA